AUGGCGCCGAAGAAGACGCCGAAGGGCAAGUCGGGCUUCUUCGGCGUGAGGCAGAAGCCCUCCGGUAACUGGGGUGUGGAGUUCUCCGACACCGAAAGGCGUUGGUGGAUCGGCACGUACCCCUCCGCCCACGAGGCCGCGCGUGCCUACGACGUGGCGGUGUGGCGUGCCGAGAGGCCUUGGUCGCACCUCAACUUCCCAGAGAUCGAGAGUCGGGCGGAAGCGGAGAUGCUUGUGCCGCAGGGCAUCAACAUGAAGGAGAUCACGACGAAGAAGAAGAAGACGAAGAAGCCGUCGGUUGUCGUCAGUGCUGGCGAGACUGACGAGGAGGCGAUGGCGAGGUUUGCUCGGGAGCAUCCGGAGUACGUCCAGGCCGAGCUGGAGUACUACUGGAAGCGUGAGGCGGAGCAGAAGAAGAAGAGGCCGAAGAAGGAGGACGAGGCCGGUCCUUCGAUGUCUUAG